GGCGCUGGCCGGGGCCGGCAGUGCUGGUGGCCGUGCUGCUGCCGGUGCCCGCGGACCCCGCGGCGGCUGCUGGCGGCUGCCGGACUACGAGUCCCAGCGUGCCCGGCAGGGCAGGGGCCGCGCUGCGCAGCCGCCGCGCCGGGCACCCACCUGCCGCCGCCGGCGCUGGGCUCGGGGCGCGGAGGGGCGCGGAGCCGGCGGGCGGCGCUGGGCUCGGGCGCGGAGGGGCGCGCAGGCGGCUGCCGGCGAGGGUCGGCCCCACGGCGGGUGAGCGAAGCCACAAGAAGCUCAGUACUCCUGGAUGGUUGACAUCUUGAAGAGCAGCAUCAGUGGAGCAGUGCAGCAGGAGCCAUGUCUCUGCCCUUCCGAAAAGAGUUGGAGAAAUAUAAGAAUAUCAAUGAAGAUGAAAUACUCAGCAAACUCUCAGAGGAUGAACUGAAACAGCUAGAGCAUGUUCUUGAUGACCUUGAUCCAGAGAACGCCUUGCUCCCAGCAGGAUUUCGGCAGAAGGACCAGACCACUAAACCUGCCACGGGCCCUUUCGACAGAGAACGCCUGCUCUCGUACUUGGAGAAGCAAGCACUUGAGCACAAAGACAGAGAAGACUUUGUACCUUUUACAGGGGAAAAGAAAGGAAAAAUAUUUAUCCCUAAAGAAAAGCCCAUAGAAACACGUACAGAAGAAAAAGUGACCCUGGAUCCGGAACUAGAAGAAGCCCUGGCCAGCGCUUCAGAUACUGAGCUCUAUGACCUUGCAGCUGUUCUUGGAGUGCACAACAUGGUCAACAACCCAAAAUUUGAUGAAGGAGGAGCCCGCAGUAAAGAUGGAAAAGGCACCGUGAGAAAUGUGGUGAAAGGUGAAAAAGUCAAGCCCAUCUUUGAGGAGCCACCUAAUCCGACCAACGUGGAAGCAAGUUUACAAAGGAUAAAAGCAAAUGAUCCUAGUCUCAUAGAAAUUAAUCUCAACAACAUAAAGAAUAUUCCUAUUCCAACACUGAAGGAAUUUGCAAAAGCUUUGGAAAACAAUACAUAUGUGAAGACAUUCAGCCUUGCAGCCACUCGAAGCAACGACCCUGUAGCUAUUGCAUUUGCAGAUAUGUUGAAAGUGAACAAAACACUGAAGAGUCUGAAUGUAGAAUCCAACUUCAUCACUGGGACGGGUAUUUUGGCACUGAUUGAUGCACUGAAAGAGAAUGAAUCCCUGACAGAGAUUAAAAUUGACAACCAGAGGCAGCAGCUUGGGACAGCUGUAGAGAUGGAGAUUGCCAAGAUGCUGGAGGAGAACUCCAAGAUUCUCAAGUUUGGAUACCAGUUCACAAAGCAAGGUCCAAGAACCAGGGUAGCAGCAGCUAUCACUAAGAACAACGAUUUGGUUCGUAAAAAGCGGGUGGAAGGAGAGCGGCAGUAGCCACACCACAGAGGAUGCAAGGCAAGAUUGGAAGCCAACAACCGCAAUCUUAGAGUGUUCACUGGUCAGAAGGGAAUGCACUGGAAAACCAUUACGAUGGGAGUUGCUCGUUUCUGUUAAUGUCUCCUUUUAACCCUGAAAACAUAGCCUGUUCAUUUUUAACUUUCACAGUUAAUUUAAUUUUUAUGAGAAAGUUUCAUAGUUGGUUUGAUUUUAAUGAAAAAAAUGUUUUGCAAUAUCGGAGGCCAAUAUACAGAAUCUUAACUGUGUUACUGAGCAUAACAUAUAGUGACUCCUACCCUUAUUUUAGACACUUUUUGAGAUGUUAAAAUAUGAUCUUGUGUAUGGAUAAGGGAUUCUCUGCUGCAAACAGAAAUAUUAGGGCCAAGUUCUGCAAUGCCUUAUGUGAGUAAUCCUUACUUAUAGUCCUGCCAAACUGAAUCCUGCACCGGGAUGCUCCCAGGAGUAGAACUAGUAAUGCCAGUAGAGGUUUGCAGGAUCACACCUUUGAGCCUCUGUCCUGCAGUGGGAUCUGGGCAGCUGGACCCACACUGGAACAGCGCCCUUCUACCGUCUUGGGUCUCCACCCGUCCAGGUCCAAGUGCAGGAUCACGCCUAGACAUAUAAACAUUGUCAAAGCCUAUUUGUUUACAUAAGCUUAGGUGGAUCAGUUUCGCAAUGUUACGCUGAUAUUUGUGAUCCUUACUCCACAUUGUAAAGUAAUAUUAGUGCUGCCAAUCCUAUAGACUGAAUGUUUUGGAUUUUUUCCUAGGCCAACAGGUUUUGAUUUGCUACUAGAAUGCACAGUUUACAGCUAUUAAUCUAAACAAGUAUUCUGAGCAAUAUUUGUUUUGCUUUGAGCCAUGCGUUUGACUUUUUAGUUCUGGUAUUUAUGUACAUUUGGUAGUAUUAUAGAACUGUUCUCAGGACCUUUUAGAUGAAGAUUAAUUAAACAGUUAAUCCAGGAGAGCAGCUGUGCUACCAGGAAAACAUAUUAAAAGAGUAGUUGUGACAACUACAUAAUUUACAUUUAAAAGCUCCAGUUCAGGUUUGUCCCUGUAUCACAAGGCACUUAGAUAUUCGUGUCAGUGCUUAGCUGACUAAGGGCAGAUUUAAGCAUAUGCACAAAAGCUUCGCUAAAUCAGGGCCUUAACUCAGACACUGGACAUAAUCUUAACCCAGUGGAAAACACUUGUGAAGCAGCUAACCCCAAUGCUCAACAGCAUCAAAGUUUUAGUAAGAAUUCGGUCUGAUGUUUCAUUUUGUGUAUUUUACAGUUUAAAGCUAUUCUCUACCGCUGCUUUAUCACUGCCAACAGUUGUCUCUAACAGCCAGAGGUUCAUUUUGGCUGCUCGCACACACGCUGUGAGAGCUAAGGGAGACUCGGGUUAGGUGCGUCACACAUACCAAUGCUUUCAGAAAGCUGCAGAAACGCACCUGGGGCGAACGCUGCUACCCGGGAAACACUAGCCUCUCCUCCAAGAGCUCCUUCAGGACAACAGGGAUGGAGCGCUGCUUCCUUCACCUGGGUGAUGGGACAAUGCUGGAGGUCAUGGUCACUGCAGUGUGCUCCUGACCCGGGGGAGAGCUGUGAGCCACUGUGCAGCUGGGCAUCCAGGGAUUAGAAACCGGGGAGCCCCCGGAGCAGCCAGUACACAUCUGACAUACUUCCCUGAGUGAUGUUUUCGUGACCAGAGCUUGAGUGCAAGCUAACUGGAUGAACCCUCCCUCUGUGCCUUUUACAAAGGAAAUUAGUAGGUCCAAGGCAACACUCUUCCUGUUGGAUACUGGUCUUCAUACUGGGGUCCAAACUGAAUAACAUACACUUAAAUCCUACUUAAAAUAGUUUGCUAAAGUGGUCUGCUGAGAUGGGAUCUAAAGUGUAGUAUCCAGGCUUACUUCCCUAGAGAGCUCUCAGUCUUCACAAUUUCCAUCUCUCCCUCCCUUCCUCAAAAUAAGACUGAAACCUUUGCUUUGCAAGUAAAAAACAUAACACACAGGGGAGCCUUGCUGAGAUUUUUCCCUAGAUCCAUGCAGGAUUUACUGUGAAACACUUUGAUAUCUCAUUAAAAAAAUUGACAAGUUCUGUAACAGUCAUAACUCUGCAUGGGCUUAAAUAAACAGUCCCUAAAAAACAUGUGAAUUACCGGGGGAUACUGGGCUUUGCAGCAUCUAGUCUCAUGGGUAGGAAGAAUCCCCAUCCCCAAAACCAGAUUAUGGUUACUGAAACUUCAGUGGUUAGAAUCACACUGCCCCUAUUUUCUUCUUUUCCUUUGAUCCAACCAAGGGAAUCCCAACCAUCAAUUUUUUUUUUUUAAUGUAUUUUAAAAAUUUUUUUUUUUAUUGGUUACUUUUUUUUAAAGGCUGGUACAUAUAUAAGUUUAAGGGAAACAAGUGCAAUCCAUUUCUAGUCUUAAUUGCCAUUUAAGGUGUUGGUAUUUGCAUGCAGCAGUUUAAGAAGGAUGGAUUGGUCUGACUGCUUCGUGAUGUCCGCAGCAUGUCAUCCUGUACAGCUUUGCUCAGCGCCACACAAGUGGUUAUACAGUCAGGUGGCCCCAUUCAUGUCAGCUACAGUUUGCAUCCUGGACCAGGGGACCUGGCUGGGGAAGGCCCUGGGGGCUCUCUGUCCCUGCGCCUGCCAUGCUCUUUGCACAGGCCCCUUUCCUCUGAAGGGAGGAUUCCUCAGGCACCCAGAGCAUCACCUCAAACACCAGCCCCACCGCACACUAGCAGACAGUGCCUGGAGCCACGCAGCCCGUGGCAGGGACCUGGGAGGUCUGGCUCCUUGCAGCAUGCCUGAGGAGAACUCCUAAUCCCCAGCCAUUUUCUCCAGGCAGCUGCUGCCAGCCCCUGCCGGGGGGCUCGGUGACCAGGGACAUCUCUGUCCUGCCUUCUCUGCGUGCUCCACACAAGGGCUCGGUUGUCACCUGGCCUUGAGCAUCAACAAGCCAAACACUGCAACAAUACAAGGAUCUGUUCAAUACAACAAUGGCACACAAUGGUGAUGCUUGGAGGCAGAUUUUUCAUAUCAAUAUAGGAUUAUUUAGCUGAUUAAAGUCUCUGCAACCAACGUGAAAGGGGGUCAGGAUGUGACUAGUUAUUUUAAAUUCUGCUUUUAAACAACACCUGGCAUACGCAAUGCUGAAUGGGGAACAGGGACAGAAGACUUUUUCUUAAGCAAAUGUUCAGGAGUAACUUUGUCAAUUUUUGCACAUUGCUUCUCAUGUUGACAGCUUCGGUUUGGUUUGUAUUUUUUAUACAGUUUUUUCAUGGAAAAGCUCAACUUUGUGUGUGUCCUAACAUAUAUGUGAAUCAUAGCGUGCACUAAGGACCAUAUGUGUACAUGUAUAACUAGAUGAAGAUGUUAUCUCUGGAACAAAAGUAAUUGCAUGCGCACAGUGUGGUGCAUAUUACUCAAGAGGAAGGGAAUUACCAUGCUAUGUAACAGUGACUCCCCAACAUUGUGGUUUUUCUAAAUAAAUCUUCAUAAAGGA